AUGAUGCGAACACAUUUCUCUAGUACAUUACCACAAUAUCUCGUUACAAGAAUGCUAGGUUAUUCAAAAAAAUUACAUCGAGUACCACUCCGAAAUCAGAGCACAAAAGCUACAAAAAAAAAGACUGCUAGUUCAGUGUAUCGUACAAUGAACAUAUUUGAUAGGAAAGCGAAAAUAUUGCAGAGGGAACGGGCUGCACAAAGUGAGGAUUAUCACUUAUCUGAGUACAUAAAGGAGGAGGUGGGAUGGCGGACCGCCGAUCGCAUUUUCGAUAUAAAAAGAACUUUCAACAAUGCUGUAGAACUCGGCGCAGGAAGAGGGUAUGUGUCCCGUCAUUUUCUACCUGACAGUGUGGAGAAGGUCACAUUAUGUGAUUCGUCACAGACACACUUAGAUAAAGCAAUAGUGGGUGACAGUGUAAAGUUUGAUAAGGUUGUAGUGGAUGAAGAGAAUUUUGAAUUUCCUGAUAAUAGUGUGGAUUUGCUUGUUUCCUCAUUGGCGCUGCAUUGGGUCAAUGAUUUACCAGGAUGCUUUGACAAAGUUAUUCAAUGCUUGAAACCGGAUGGGGUAUUCGUUGCCUGCGUGUUCGGUGGUGACACCCUCAUGGAGCUCCGUCAAGCUCUGCAGUUGGCUGAGAGCGAACGAUUGGGUGGAGUGCAUCCUCACAUUUCACCAUUCACCAGGAUACGGGAUAUAGGGGGAUUGCUUAAUGCGGCAGGAUUCACACUUCAGACCGUGGACGUGGACACGAUGACAGUGUGGUAUCCCUCGAUGUGGCACGUAAUGGGCGACCUCCGCGCACUGGGCGAGUCGAACGCGGCGUUUAACCGCCCGCUGCGUUUGCAACGCUCGACUCUAUUCGCUGCAGCUGCCAUCUACGACGAAAUGUAUGGCAAGGAAGUACCGGAACGGGCGUCCAGGGGUGUUCCAGCGACUUUCCAGAUCAUAAACUUCCUCGGCUGGAAACCAGAUCCGACUCAACCCAAACCAAUGGAGAGAGGCACCGGCGAGCUAUCAUUGAAAGAUUUGCACAAAAUAGAUGAGAUUAUAAAGGAUACUAAGAAAAUUGAACUCACUGACGACGAUAAAAAAUAAAUAAAAUGCUGUUUUGAAAUGUAA